AUGACGAUGAUGUUUGGUGGCAACAACCGUGCUCACCUGUUCUUCAAGGAACAUGGAUGCCCCGUUGAUGACAAAGUCAGAUUCGAGAGUAAGUACACUUCAAGAGCUGCUAAUUCCUAUAGGAGGAUUCUUGCUAAGGAAGUUGCUGAAGCCAUGGCGGAAGAAGCUACUACUGGUCCACCGUCGUCUCCCGUUCUAGUUGAAGAAUCAGAUGCAGCAAGAAGGUUGUUCUCAAAGGAAAAGUCCAUAUCCUCUGCUCAGUUUUUCGGGGAUCCGCAUGAAUCUUCUCAUCUUGAACCAAAAACAAGGCUUGAGAAGCUCACAACAUUGGCCUCCACUAUCUUUGGCGAUUCUACUACGUUCCCCAAGAAACAAAGCAUUCCUCCCGUUUUUUAUGCUCUCCGUAGGGAUGUGACAGACUUAAUGCAGAUAUUGUAUAGCGAAGAUGUUGAUAACGCUCAUGCCAUGCCUUAUCUCACCCGUUUGGGCUUGAUCAACCAUUUGCGUGACCGACUCACCACGGCUUCAAACGGUGUUAAAGUUUGGGACAAAGACAAAAAAAAACUAGUUUGGGACGAAGACAAAAAACUAGUACGCAUGAUUUCUGCUCUUGAACGGGAUUUGUGGAUUUUACUGUUGGAAUCUGUAGGACCUUGUCCUGAUCUUCAAGACUAUAUAGUCCAUGCUUAA